AUGGCACUAUAUCUACGAAACUUUUUAUUUGACUCUGCGCUUGUUCCUUAUCCAUUGAACUCGGCAUUUAAUUACUCAGCUUUAUGCCAAGUAGCAGUUGAUAUUUUUAAACUUUCAGAACCAACAUCACGCAGCUCAUUUUCAAAGUACCAUUCGAACCAGUUAUCCUUUGACAUAUGGACGAAUAUUGGACAAAGGCAUCUAGGUCUUACUUUUAUACAAACACUUGUUUAUUUUGAAACGUUUGCACUCAUUUUGCGCCAGUCAGAUGCUAUGAGUGAAUCUGCAGCUUUAGAUGGUUUGACUGCUAUUUCACGCGUCGCGACUUUACCUGCCAUUAUACAGGAUUCCACACCUCAAUGCACACCCAUACCAAAGGUUGGACCAGACUUGAACCCAGUAUCCAUUCUUUUGUCCACUCCUGUUCCUGCAAUUCCAUUUCUACUUUUGCUAUUUAAUCAACUGUAUUUGCAUCCUCACUAUAAAGACUCUUUCCAUAACCAAUGCUCUAACCCAUCCUUACAAAACCCCAUCAACCAACUGCAUCAACACAUGCAUUCGACUUGUAAUCCUAUAAAUAUCGCAAAGUCUAACAAAAAUACUUUAGCCACAUUCUUACCUUUUAAAAGCUUGGCAGAUUAUCUUAAGCAGCAACCAAGUGAUGAAUGCAAUAAUGCUACACCAUCUGUUGCGGAUUCUAUUUUAAAAAAAGAAUCCAUACCUGCACUACUAUCUCCAACCAAACAUAAUACUGAAAAAAAUAGUGUAUUCAAUUUACAAUCAUCUUUGAUUUGCAACGAGUCGGCCAUUUCAAAAGUGCAUUUUCCGUCCCAUCUCGUGAAAGGUCGUCUCGGUCUUUCAAACUUUUGGAGAUCGUCUGGAAGCCAAUGGCUGACUUUAAUUUAUUUGGCCCAUAAAGGAACUCAAUCAAAAGAUAACACAGCUAUAAUGAUUUUUGAAAAUCAAGACUUUUCCUCUGAUUGUCCAGAUUUCCAAAAUUUUGAUAUGGAUUGGCUAUCAGUAUUGGAUUUUCUUUUUAUUACGGUAUCUCCUCGACAGCAAAAUAUUACCAUGGGAUUAAAAGAGUUGUUUGGUAAUUGGAUCUCAUCAAAAACCCAGAAUACAGAUAAUUUAAAUGAUCUUGAUCCAUGCUUGACGACUCGGACCCAGCAUGACAAGCCCAGUUCAUUGGAAUCUAUGAUGGGCGCCACCAGCACAUCUGCUUUUUCUGAAUUAUUCACAAUAAUGGACGCAAAGCCAGUUAUUGUCGAGUUUUUAAGACGAUGGAAAGGUGGAAAAAAAGAUUUAGCCGAUCCAGUAUCAAUAGCACGAAUGAACCAGUUUAUCCAGUGGGCAAUACUAGAUUGCAUGCCUUCAUACCGUUUGCUUAAAUUCACUCGACAUGGAAUAGCAUAUGGUAUUGAUGACACUCAGUAUUGGCUUCAAGAUCCACAUGAACCACCACAAGUUUUGAUAUCGCGAAAACGGAAUCAAACUAUUGUCUUGCAUUCAGCAUUUAUAUCCAAUACAGCAGUCUACAUCCACCGCUGUCAUGAUACUCAUGUUUACAUUCUUGGUCCAAUUACAUCGCUUUUUAUCUCCGAGUGUCGCAAUACCCAAAUUAUUGUCGGUGCUGUUUCAAAACAAAUUGGAAUCAAACAAUCCCAAGGAUUGGUCGUGUCUGCUGUAUGCGGGCAGCUCAUGGUUUGGUUAAUGCCAUAUAAUCAACGCUUUGCAUCACAAACAGAAUCGAAUCAUGUCACGGCUUAUAUUAAUACUCUUUCAAGACCGAUUGUUGGACAAGGCAUUUGCUUAAAUAGUCACUCUAAUGUGGGGGAUUUUAAAGAUCAGCAUGUUUUCAAGUACAUAAAGUUAGUACUCGCUCCCUGUAACACCUAUUAUCAAGGUAUGCGUGACGAUGUGCUCAACUCUGGAUUAGACAUUUCAUACAAUAUGUGGGAUAAGUUUGUACAAGUAUGUGAUAAAGAGCCAGAUACCAAGAAUGGAGUUGCUAGUGAAACUACAUGUUGGAAAUCUACUCCUGACGCACUACAAAAAAGCAACGUGUCUCUGAUGGAUCCCUUUCAGUAUCUCUGCAUGCCAAUUCCGUUCAACCGAGUAUACAAACACAAUAGCAAAAACUCUGCAAAUAGCUUUCCGACAGAUCUGCUUGCAUCCCAGUCCAUCUUCAAUCAACCCAUCAACCAAAUUGAUCAAGAGUAUAAACAAAAAACACCAAUCUGGACACAAAACCACGCUGUUUUGAAAAAGAGUGUAUCACUAGAUCCAAUCAGCCGCAUUAGAAAUAACUAUACGUUGUCGGUUCUUCAAGAACAAAAAUCAAUUGAUCCCAAAAGCAGUAUUAUAGUUGAUACUACGUAUCCAAUCGUCGUGGAAACCAGUGAUGGUAGUUUGGAUCGAGACUGGCUGAUGUCGGUACUCCCACAAUCAUUCAAGAUGCGGCUAGAAACAAUACACUUGCUUGUUCAUCAGGUUAAACAGACUCUUGAAAUUUUAGAUAAUCAUUGCAAACAUAGUAAGGAUUUAAAAGAUGAAAUUGCCAGCAAAUUCAACGUGUGGUUAAAGCAAACAGGAAAAUUUAAAGCUAUAUUGAGACUAAUGGCUGUUGACAAUGAAUGUCAAGUUGAAAAAUAA